AAGGCUUUUGAAGAGUGAUCCUUCUACCCUAACUAAAGCCGAGCAGCGAGAGAGAGAAACCCUAGCAAAAAUGCCGGCUGGUCACGGUUUGAGAUCCCGCACCAGAGAUUCCUUCUCUCGUCCCUUCAGGAAGAAGGGUACCAUCGCCCUCACCACAUACCUCAGAACCUACCACGUCGGCGAUUAUGUCGACGUCAAGGUUAACGGCGCCGUCCACAAGGGAAUGCCACACAAGUUCUACCAUGGCCGCACCGGUCGCGUCUGGAAUGUCACCAAACGUGCUGUUGGGGUCGAAGUCAACAAGCAGGUCGGCAACAGAAUCAUAAGGAAGAGGAUUCACGUGCGUGUGGAGCAUGUUAUGCCAUCAAGGUGCACUGAGGAGUUCCGCCUUAGGAAGAUCAAGAAUGAUCAGCUCAAGGCUGAGGCCAAGGCCAAGGGUGAGAAGAUCAGCACCAAGAGACAGCCUCAGGGUCCCAAACCUGGUUUCAUGGUCGAGGGGGCAACGUUGGAGACAGUUACCCCUAUUCCCUAUGAUGUCGUCAAUGACCUCAAGGGAGGUUAUUAGUUUCAUUCUCGUUGUUGGUCUGCGUAGUUUUUUGUUUGGGGAUUAUUAGUCCUUUUUUGUGUUGGAAGAGAAACAAUUCAGACUAUUAAAAUAUUUUUGUUGUUUUAUUUGAUGUUCUAAAUACAUGGAUAUGUUUUUGUUUCGCUCGUCAUAAAUGUGCUUUUUCUCAUU